AUGUCUGAUCCUUGUUCCGAGGGCUGUGCUGAGGAAUCAGCAAUGCUGGCAGCAGCAGGAGGCUUGCUGAAAAACUCUUUCCUAGAAAGAGGUGGAGCCUUCCACCUCUUGCUGAUAAUAGCCUUCCAAGAGAUGGGUGGAGGGUUUGCAGCUAAUUGGGUGCCCUGUGCUGUGGGGACCAUGCCGUCCCGAGCUGCCAGCUCCGGAGUUCUCUUGAACCUGGAGGCACCGUUCGAGGCUGCAAGGAGGUUCGGUGCUGGCUCAGGCUGGGCGUUCGGUCCGGACGGAGAUUCAGGCGGGCCAGAUUUGAGCAAGAGACCGUGGGAGGAGGAGCAGACUGGAGUGGACAUCACCCGUGUCAUGGGGCAGGUGCAAAACACCUGCGCGAAGUUGAACGCGCGCUAUGUGGAGUACGGGGUGAACUUCGUGGAGGACAGCGAGCACCUCACUGCCUUCCUCGAAGCGCACUCCCAUCCGUCCAAGCGGGUGGUCCAGGUGGAGGGGAUGGAUGGAGACGGCAACGCCGUCAAUCACACCUUCAAGCUGCACGGGCUGGAUGCGAAGAAGAAAGAGGAUCCCACGGGUGACGUCGAGUCCUGCGUGUCCCUCGCCACCCUGUUUGCGAAGGAGGUGAUCGGCAGGCUACAGUACCGCAUGCGAAGCUUGAAGUCCCUCGUUGGGUCCAAGCUAUUUCUGCCAGACGCCUAUCCGGAUGGCGUGAACAAGUGCGACCGUCUGUGCACAGAAUGGUUCAGCUCCCUUCGCAAGAUGUUCAACGCCGAGCAGUGCGCUCUGCCAUGUACGUGUUUUCAAAUUCCGCGUUGUCCCUAA